ACCUCUGCUGUGAAAGACUGCAGCACACAGAUAAGAGACAUGAUGCAUGAUUGAGAAUACAAACCACAGCCAAGGGGCAUUUUUCUGUGUUUAUGCAUGCAGUUUGUGAUAAGUUAUCCACACAAAUCUAUUGGUGUGACCAACUCAAGUCAUUUGCAAAAUGAGUCAUUCAUCUGCCUACUUGGUGUAUCAUGCAUUGUCGUCAGUGCAUGACACCUUGACUCGAAUCAUUCACUAAACAAAUGUACUAAUAUCCACAACAUGAUGUGUUGACAAAACCAAAAAGGAAAGUGACAUGAUGGAGGAAAUUGAAGAGCUGAUUCUCAGAAUCAACAUGCAGAAGUCUCCGGCCACACCAAAAAAAGAAGAGUUCAUCUUUAAAUCCAGGUUUCUAAUACCAAGCAAUCCCCUUUUCUCUAAAACCUCAACAAUGAGGAUCUUAGGAGCUCUCCACUUCUCAUUUUAUGCAGCGAAAUCUGAUUUCUCUGGGAGAAAAGGAAUGAGGCAAGAUUAACUGAAUCUGCUGUCCUCUCUAACCUCUUCACAAAACUGCCCAGAUUAGCUAGGAAUUAAGUUUCAACCGUUUUAUGUGUCUGGUCCAUCGGGGAGGAUUAUGGUUUUACCUUCUUUUUUUUUGUGCCUCCCAAUUUCACUAUAAGGGCCUGACACAUUGUGGAAAGAGGAGAAGCAGAAGAGCAGUCGAGCCUGAACUAUCUAAAAGUGUUUGUUGUACAUAUUGCUUGGUUUUUACUGCUUGUGGUUUUCUUUGGAGAUGGAUGGGCUGAUCAGGAUAGAGAGAGAAAAGUUCCCUUUCACCAUUGAGAACAUCCUGAGCAAAUAUCCAAACAGUAACGGAGAGGGGCGACCAUGUGGGACAGCUGUAUUAAAAGAGAAGGUGGUGGGUGCUAGUGGAGGUCACACAGAGAGGGUCCAUCAUGCCUGCAUGUGCUGCUGCUGCUGUUCCCACUGUGGAGACAUUUUCCAGACUGAUUUCAUCCAUGAAGGUAAGAACAUCACCUAUUUAGACACCUGUAUUCGGCUGAUUUUCACUUUAGAGGUAUCUCAGAUUUCUUCUUAUGCAGCGUGCCAGUAUGGAUGGCCCCCAGUGAUGCUCACAGACCCCAGCAGGCUCGAAGACGCUCACAGAGAUGAGCAUUUGCCCAGUCAGGUGCAGAGGAGAACCAGGAGACAUCGCACUAUUUUUACCGAGGAGCAGCUGGAUGCACUGGAGGAGCUGUUCCUGCAGAAUCAGUAUCCAGAUGUGAACACGAGGGAGAGGCUGGCACAGCAGACUCACCUGAGAGAGGAAAGAGUAGAAGUAAGUCAUAAGCAUUUGGAUAUAGAAUCAACCAAUGAAAUACAAAAGAUGUGUGCAAAUGUAAAAACAUCACCACACUUUUAUUCCUGAAUUCAUCUCUGAUCAUUCUAAGUUGUUUUACUGAUAUGUCCUUGUUCACAAGGAUAUCCAGUGCUGCUGCAAAUGUAAUAGAUGAGGUGCAAAUACAUAUGUUAGAGCUGUAUGCCAUUAGAAAUAAAGGAAAAGUUAAAUUAUAUCAAUUUCUCUCUGCUGACAGGUAUGGUUUAAAAACCGAAGAGCAAAGUGGAGGCGUCAGAAAAGACUGUCAUUUGGUGUGGGGAACACAGAAAACUAAGUUCAGUCAUGUACAUACUGUUUGGAUUACAGGAAUAUAGAUAACAGAUUGCUGUGGGUGUAUGCGUGUGUGCUUGGCUGACAUUGAAACAAAGACUCUUUCUUGCUCUUGUUAUUUAAUGUCAC